AUGGAUACACAUGAUGAUAACAACGAAGUUCGAGAUAAAUUUCAACAGCAAUUAAUUUUAAAAAAACUCGAACUCCAACUCCAAUUAGAAGAACACAGAAUAAGUGAAGAAACAAAAUUUGAAAUUGAAAAACAUAAAAUAAGUGAAAAAACAAAACGUGAAAUUGAAAAACACAAAAUAAUUGAAGAAACAAAAUUUGAAAUCGAAAAACAAAAGUUAAUUCAACAAUUACAACUUCACAAAAAAAAUGCACAACAAGAGAUACAACAAUAUAAAUUAGAACUAGAAUUUGGUUCAUCAUCAAUUAAAAGAUCUGGUAUUUUACUAUGGUUUCAUGAUGAUUUCUACAAGUACUACGUUAGUGGUCAUCUAUAUUCUUUUAGUGCUAUUGAUUUAUUUAAAAAUGAUAAUGAUUUAAAUGAUAAUAUAUUAACACAUAUUCAAUGUUAUUUACAUGAAUGUUCAUCGAAUUCUCAAUUAAAUGAAAUAUUUAUUCAGCAAGCGUUUAAUAAAAUGAUGGUUAAAUUAUUAAAAGAAAUUAAUUGUAAUACAAUAUUGAAAUAUUUAAGUACAUCUUCUCAAGGUUAUUUACAGGAGCAGUUUCGUCCUGCAUGUACAUUUAUAUAUAAAAAUGUAAAUAUCAACAUGAAUGAACAACAUCAUUUUUUAGAAGAUUUCGUUGUUUUUCUUGGUGAUUUGAAGACACCAAACGUUUCUUUAACAGAUACAAGUGCAAUUGGACAAGUAUUACAAUAUUUGAAAGUUCUAUUAGAUGUACAAAAACGUCGAAAGAUAUAUGGCUUUUUAUGUAAUUAUAAAGAGAUAAAAUUUUUUUAUAUUGAAAACAAAGAUAAUAACUAUUGCUAUAAAUAUUAUGAAAGUGAACAAUUGAAACUGUUUAGUAAUUUAUCUGAAACAUCAUUUAUUGGUGAUAAGUCAAGAAAAACAAUUAAACAUUCAAGAAAUUUAUGUAUUAAUAAAGACACAUGGAAAGUGUUCGUUAGAUUUUUAACCAUGAAUUGUGAUUUUUAUGAAUAUACACAUUUGGAUAUAGAUCCUUAUGAUAAUUUACUGUGUAAUGAAUAUAUGAUAACAAAAAGAUUAGGUUAUGGUUUUACAUCAAAAGUCUAUUUAUUAAAACAAAUUAAAUGUGAACAUCAAACAGAAAAUUUAAAAAAAUAUGUGAUGAAAAUAUCAAAAAAUAGUUCAUAUAAACAACACAUUUUAAAUGAAUUUCAAAUAAUACAAAAAUUAAAACAAUCUAAUAAUUUGGAUAAAUUUAAUUUAUUUUUUCAAGAUAUUCUUUCAACAUUAUCAUCUUCAGGUAAGAUUUAUC